CGGGAAUCUCUCUUAUCUUCUCACCUCGCCACUCCCCCGCCGUCCAAUCCUUCCAUUCCCUCUACCUCCACCUCCACCCCACACGCUGUCGCCGUCAUGGCCGCCGCCUCCUCCUCCCACCCCGCCUUAGGCCCUGCCGCCCCCCUCUACCACCCCCAUGCCUGCCCCUACGCCUCCACCCGCUUCUCCCCGCCGCAGCCGCCCCUCGGCGCGCUCCUCUGGCGGCGGCCGCGGCGGGUGGCGCCCGCCACCUUCUGCUCCGCGCCGUCGCUGCCACGACUCGGCCGCGUCGGCUGGCCACGCCGGGAGGGCAACGCGUGGCUGCUCUCCUUCCGCGCCGACACCGCGGCGCCGUCCACAGCGGCCGGCGACCCCUCGCAGGCGCUCUCCGCGCUGCUCCCGCUCGUCGUCGCCGCCACCGCCGUCGCCGCGCUCGGGAACCCCGCCACCUUCUCCUGGGUCUCCAAGGACUACUACGCGCCUGCGCUUGGCGGCAUCAUGCUGUCCAUUGGCAUCAAGCUUUCCAUCGACGACUUCGCUCUCGCCUUCAAGCGGCCCGUGCCACUAUCGAUUGGCUACGCUGCGCAGUACGUGCUCAAGCCAUUGUUGGGUGUGCUAAUCGCAAAGGCAUUCAGGAUGCCAUCGGCAUUCUUUGCGGGUUUCGUGCUUACUUGCUGCGUCUCAGGGGCUCAGCUGUCAAGCUAUGCCAGCUUCCUCAGCAAAGGGGAUGUGGCGUUGAGCAUUUUGUUGACGAGCUGCUCGACUAUAUCUUCGGUGGUUGUCACACCUGUUCUCACUGGAUUGUUGAUUGGUUCAGUGGUUCCGGUUGAUGGAAUUGCGAUGGCGAAAUCUAUCUUGCAGGUGGUUCUUGUUCCUGUAACACUCGGCCUUCUUCUGAAUACUUAUGCAAAGGGAGUGGUGAAUGUUAUACAACCAGUAAUGCCAUUUGUUGCUAUGGUGUGCACUUCUUUGUGUAUUGGCAGCCCUCUUGCUAUAAAUAGGAGCAAGAUCCUCUCUUCAGAAGGAUUCUUUUUACUUCUCCCCAUAGUGGCUUUCCACAUUGUUGCAUUCGUUGUGGGUUACUGGAUUUCCAAGUUGCCACAAUGGAGGCAAGAAGAGCCUGUUUGCAGGACAAUUUCAGUAUGUACUGGGAUGCAGAGCUCCACCCUUGCUGGACUUCUCGCUACACAAUUUCUUGGAAGCAGUCAGGCAGUUCCUGCAGCAUGUUCUGUUGUCAUCAUGGCAAUAUUUGGUUUGACUCUUGCAUCAUACUGGGGAAGUGGUUCUCGAAUAAGAGAUGUCGUUGUGGGAUUCUUUCCACAAGCUUCCGCAGGUGUGAGCUCGUGACAAGCUGCUGGAUAUUGCAUCGUGAUUCUUUCAUGGACCCUUUGAGACACCAGUUCCAGAAAAUCGUUCGCCAUAUGAGGCUCGAGCUACAUGGAAAGUGUCCUGCAGCACAAGCCUGCGUGAGGUACGCCAUGGCUAUAGAAGAGAACUAAAGAGAACUACAGAUUGUAGGCUUUCGAUGAUAAGCAUCAAGGAGAACAACCUUACGGCAAGACUUGCACAAGAUGGGAGGGAUACUGAGAUCGCAAUCAUAUACUUAUAUAUCAUAAUAUAUCAUAAUACUGUAGGUUUAGUUAGUUUGUCUCUCAUCAGCUCCUUGUAGAUACUGGAUACCACUAGACACAAAUCAAGGAUGCUCAUAUAUUAGACAUAUAGUACUAGAUAUAUGUAUGUGCAAUAUCAUUGGCUCUGGUGCCCCAUUCUUAUCAAAGGUAUUUCUUCUUUCUUUUUUGAAA